CACAGAGCGGUGUUGCCGGGGUUUGUGACCUCAGCGUCACCAUGGAAGCGGUCCGUUUGUUCACGUGAUGUCUGUAGCUCCGUCUCCACGUCCAUUUUGAUGUCAGCUUUAUUUCUUAGUGAUGUAAGGUAGCAACCGAGACACCAGCAGCGCGUUUGCUUCAGCGGGCAAGUGGAGGAAGGUUGUGUUUUGAGAUCGCUUUUAACUUAUUAUUAUUAUUAUUAUUAUUAUUUUUAAUACAAAAUAAAAACAACACAGUGAAUUGCUUUUGAAGUUGGAGACGAGUCGAGAGGGAGACUUUUUUUUUUGGGAUUUUAAAAGGGGGGGUGGGCCGGGAGGUGAAAUAUUUUAGGAGUGACGUCAGAGAAGGCAGUAUGCCCCCCUGGAGACGGCUGUGUGCCUCAGUGCUGCUCGAGCCCUAUUCAUGGCAGCAGCGGGGGGGUCGCUAGUUGCAGUAAAGUCUGUCCCGGUGGCUUUUCAGGGCAAGCCCCGGAAAAGCGCCGACCUCAAGCGCACGGAGAAUGCUGAAAAGCAGCGGGGCAGCCCAAGGAAAGGGGACUGCGGCUGCGAUAUCUUGUUGGGAGCGUGCAGGGCAAGGAGCGUAAGCCCAGUUGCACUACCAGCAACUCCGGCGGCGCCUGCCAGCUUGCCCCCGCCGCCUUCUCCGCAAGAGCGACACGGGCUCCACAGCGACCGUCCACGCAGCCUAACUAGCAUGGAAGAGGAUGUGAUACUGAAGCAACUUUCUUUAGGUACGCAGACUGCGGGCAAACGGGUAGAAGCCAUCAAGGCAACCCGUGGUUACAUCUACUCAAACCCCGGGAAGCUGCUGUUUAAAAAGAGAAAUGAAUUGCUGACAGCGGUGGUAGAGGUGCUGGAAAAGGAUGCCAGACGGGACGUCAAAGCCCAAUGUGUGCAGCUGGUCUGUGACAUAGUCCAGAUACCGGACCCGGAGCUGGACCGCUUCAGGCAGGCAGUGCUGCCCGGGCUGCUGUUCGAUCUGAAAGACGAGAGCCCGUCAAUGCGCAAGGAGCUGGUUCAAACUUUGCACAAGUGCCUGAAGUACAGCCGCAGCCCGGAAAAGAUAUUAUCAGCGCUGGUGGAGCACGGGUUGGAAAGCCGGGAGGCCAGUGUCAGGACCGCCACAGUCGUGCUUUUACCCAUUCUGCUUCCCAAAGACUUUCACAGUGUUGACUUGUACGACAUAAUCGAGUCUCUAACCAAGAAACUUACCAACAUCAGUGGCAGCAGCGGACCUAACGACCCUGUGGUGGCAUUCUCCACUUUGGAUUACAUACGACAGCACCUUGCUGUCGGGCAAGAUGAAUUUAAUGCUUACCUGAAACGCCUGCCCCCGGGCCUGAGGCGAGAUUAUAACCGUUUUAUAGAUGAUAACUUUGAGCAGCUUUCUGUUGAUUCCGAGCUUAAUAAUAAUAAUACCCCGAGAUCGGCAUAUCCGAGAGGCAGGUGCCCCAGCCCGAGCCCCGCAGCGGCAGUCUCUGGAGGCAGCCCCUCUCUAAAUGAUUCCCCUUUGAUUUUAUCCCCAUUGAAGGAGCACAGCGGCAUGAAAUAUGGCAUUGUACCCCUGGACCUGCACAGCCGGCUGCUGGACCUCAAGGACUACAAGGCGCGGACCCACGCAGUGGAAGAGCUGAAGAGCGUCAUCUCCCACACCGAUCUGUCUAACGUGCCUCCUGCCAACGUGCUCGGCCUGAUCGGCUUCCUGUGCAGCCUGCUCGAUGACAGCAACUUCAAAGUCACGCACAGCACUUUGGAGAUCCUCAACUUGCUGGUGGUCAAGCUGGGGCGCCACGUGGAGCAGUUCCUCCGGGCGGUGGUGACCACUGCGGUCAAGGUCCUGGGCGACAACAAGGCGGUCACCAAGCAGGCCUACAUGAAGGUCUACAUGGGGCUGAUGAAGAACGCCGGCCCCCAAAAGCUGCUGGACCUGCUGCUGGAGAACGUCAAGCACAGGAACUCCAAAGUCCGAGAGGAGGUCAUCAAUAUCAUCAUCGCCUCCCUCCUGACCCACCCCAGCGAGGACUUUGACCUGCCGAAACUCUGCUUCGCCGUGGCUCCAGCCCUGGCUGACGGCAAGAGGAAGGUCCGGCACGCCGCCCUGGAAGUCUUCGCAGUUUUGGCUUCUUCCAUGGGAUCCGGCAAAAUGCAAUCCCUGGUCAAGGCUGUUGACCAGGUGGAGCUGCACGAAGACGUGGAUGGCCUGAUGGCCGCAGUUCAAGCCCGCCUGGCUAGGCGGACUCUCCCGAAGCUGACCGCUCACGGCUUGGUGGAGUACGCGGUCCCCAUCGCAGCCUCCGCUCACGGCAGAGCUUCUCAGCAAGUGCCUCAGGGAGCCGACACUGAGUGGCUGUUCGGGGGCGGAAGGACCUCCAGCGCCACCAGCAACCGGGGGGACACCGAGAGGGGGCCCCACCAGGGCCACAGGUCUACCAGCCCACAGGGCGAGGAGACCCCGAUACACAGAAGGGUGCUGAGCGCCAGCAAAGGAAAGAAUAAACUGCCUUGGGAAAACACCAACACCCCAACCAAGACACCCUUCCAGCCAGCCAAAGCACCCAACGAUACUGAUACCAUUACUAAGGAACAGGUUUCACAGAUUUAUGGUGAAGUUCCACAAUCUCCUAAACUGAGGCGUUCACCAACAAUGCCAGCAAACGAUGACCUCUUCAUCACCAGAAAGUCAGCCGUGAAAUCUGCCAAGCAGGGCAACGUGCAGGCUAUGAAUCUGGUGAAUUCAAGCACUUUGACAAACACUGGUGCAGCAGAGUGGCACCAGCCCCGCAUCUCAGGAAAGCAGGGUCUCCUCGGGUAUUCCAGGAGCAGCGGCAGUGUGGAUUCAGAUCUGCAGUUUUUGGGGACCAGCAGCCAGUUGGAGAAAGCACCCCUCCACGCCAGUCUGAACCUCUCCACCAAGACCCAGAGGGGCCUCUACAGCCAUCCCAGCGUUGAGCGCACCUUGUCCGGCCCCAGCACUGCCGGGGGCGGCAGCAGCAGCAGCAUCGCCUCACAAGGUGCCUUCAUCCUGCCAUCGUACCCGCUGUCCUCCCCCGGGAGCGGGCAGCUCCACACCACCCCUCCCAGGAAGGGCAUGGAGGACAGCGUGGGCUUCUCCAACACCUGGCCCAGCAAGCCACUCGAUGGCACCUCCAACUCCAGCCCUCGCAAGAGGCUGCCCAGCUCCAGGACUGACGACACUCAAGUAGACAUGACCCAGGAGAAGCACUCUCCAGUCCCCCUGAAACCUGCUCUGGUUCGAACACCUUCCUCCCGUCGCGGCAUUAAUGGGACCAAGCCGGUGCCCCCCAUCCCAAGGGGGGCCUGCUUACCCAGCCUCGCUGACGGAGGAGGGAGGGAUCCCAAGAAGGCAGGGGGGACCCAGGAGUCUGGAGGAGAGAAGAGCCUCGCGCUGGACCUGUCUGAGCUGGACGUGAAGGAUGAUGAACCUGACCAUGAAGAGAUGAUGAGCUCCCUCCGCUCCCUGCGGUACAGCGCAGCGAAGAAGCGAGCGAAGCUGAGCGGCAGCCCUCCGGAGGCCGAGAGCCCGGACUCUGCGCUUAAGCUGGAGCUGACCCUGGACUUCUCCUCCCUCGCCUCGUCCACCUUCACCAGCCCCAUCAGUGAGAGUGGCAUCUACAGCCCUCCAGAGGCCCCGAGCUCCCCGCUCACCCCCACACCCCCCACCAACACCAAGACCAACACACUGCGGAACCACAGGACCAUGUCCGAGAGCUUCAAUCCGUUUGCCUCAAGACCACGCCUGGCAGCCACACCAGACCUCAUGAAGAGCACUCGCCCUGUGGAGUACAGCCCUCCCCAAGGAGUGUCCUUCCACGAUAGAGCAACAUCGGAUGUUAGUGUCGUCGGGCAGAGAAUGGGAUACGCGAAUGGAGCCGUGGAGCUUGAGGAGGGCAGGCAGGGAGAACCAUCUACAACCACUGCUAAAAUGCACAGAGGCGCAAAGCCCACUAAAGGUUCCCCAGCAUCCUUGGGGAACACACAGCAACAGAAUAACCACGACGUGACCUCUGCCAACGGAAUGCAUGAAGAUUCUGUUGUCAUUGUUGGCAAAGGUGUGUUUGGAAGCCCGACGGCUUCGUUGACCUACAGCCAGGCUAUGCUGUGCUCUGCUGAGAACGGGGACGGUGCUGGGAAGCACAGCACGGAGACCCCCCCUGCCAUCUACGGGAAAUCUGUCCAGCAGAACAGCCACAGCACCUUUGAGAGCAGCGACCAGGCUGAGAGAGAAGUGACAGUUGCCAUCUCCAAGUCAGCCCGUGAUAAGAUGAGACGGAGGAAGAACAAGGCAGAGAGGGAGCAGCUCCUGAGGGAACAGGAGAGGAAGGAGAGACUCGAGGAGAGCCUGAGGGAGCGCCUGAGGGCAAUUGACAUCGACAGCAGCCCGGACGAUCUGAUUGUGAACGGAGGUGUGCUUCUGAAAUCCAAGGCUGAAUCCUUGUCAGCAGAAAGCACCCCCCUCAGCCCCCCUCCCUUGAAAUGCACUCCUAGCUUGAGGAAGGCGCGCUCCCCCAGCUCAGACGAGGUGUCUGCUGGCCCCCGGACCCAGCGCAAGCAGAGGGCCAGCUCCAUCCCCCGCGCCAGUGAGACCGUGGAGCCCUCAGACGUGCGGCCCUUCUCCAAACCAGAGCAAGCACUCCUUGACGCCCUCCGGCUCAUGGCUGACGACGACUGGGAAAAGAAGAUCGAAGGCAUUGGCUUCGUAAGAAGUUUAUCCAUCUACCAUCCGGAUGUGCUGACGACGAGACUUCACGACAUAGCGCUCGCUAUGAUUCGGGAGGUGAAGAACCUGCGUUCAGGAGUGUCCCGUGUGGCGGUGAUGUGUCUGGGGGACAUGUUCACCCACCUGAAGGUCAUGGAGCAAGAGCUGGACGGCACCGUCAGAGCGCUGCUGCACAAAGCAGGAGAGUCCAACACCUUCAUCAGGGAGGACGUGGACAAAGCCCUGGGCGCCAUGGUCAGCAACGUGACCCCGGCCAGGGCGCUGUGCGCACUCAUCGCUGGGGGCUCCAGUCACCUGAACUCCGUGGUGAGGAAGUGCACCGCGCUGCAUCUCUCUGGGCUGGUGGAGAGGAUGGGGCCGGGCCGACUGCUCUCUGGAAUCAGAGACGUUACCGAUCGACUCUUACCAGUCGUGGCAAAGUUUACCCAGGAUAGCUCUCCGGAAACAAGAUACUACGGCCGUCGAAUGAUUUACCUCAUGAUGUCACAUCAAGACUUCGACAAAGUGCUUGAAAAAUAUUUAACGCCAAAAGACCUGCCAUACAUCAAGGAUACUGUGCACAAUCUACGGCUGAAGGGCCUGGGAGAAAUCCCCCAGGACGCCCCGUCAGCGAGGGGGAGACGGUCACUCCCCGGCAGCGGCACGACCCGGGCCUCUUCUAACACCCGGGACCCCCACAGCUCCAUCGCCAGGGAGCCCGGCGAGUCGACCUGGAAGCCAGCUGUGCGGAACCUUGUGGAUAACCACGAGUUCAUCAAGCAGCUCACCGGCACGCUCAACUCCAAGGACUUCAGGGAGCGCAUCAAGGGGAUCCACCAGCUGGUGUCGGAAUGUGAAACAAACCAGGACCUCAUUGUUUCAAAUAUGUUUCCGAUUUUCGAUGCCUUUAAGACCCGCCUGCACGACUCCAACAGCAAAGUGUGCCUGAUGGCCCUGGAGUCCUUGCAGAAGAUCAUCCUCUUGCUGGGGAACCACCUGUCCCAGGUCGUCUAUAUCCUGGUCCCUGCCAUUGUGGACACCAACCUAAACUCCAAGAACAGCGCGGUCUACACUGCUGCCAUCAACGCCCUGCACUGUCUGUCUGAGCAGCUAGAUAACAGCGUGCUGCUCCAGCCUUUCUGCACCAAGGCUCAGUACCUGACUGGGAAGGCAAAACAGGACAUGACUGAAAAGGUGGCAGAUCUCGUGAUGGAGCUGUAUCCACGAAAGCCUCAGCUGGUGGAACAGAGGGUGCUGCCCCUCCUGUGGCACCUCUUGAGCAGUGUGAGCAGCGGCAGCACUCUGCCAGGGAAGGGCAGCAGCAUGCGGGGCUCCACCGCCAAGCUCUGCAAAGCUCUGUCUGAACACAUGGGCGACAGCAACCUGCUGAGCCUCGCCGCCAGCAAGUCUCCACAAACCAGCAAGAACGUACUGGAACUGCUGGCGAUUACGACCUGAAUCCACAAUCGAAACGCACUCGCACACACGCACACACAGACACAAACACACACCGACACACUCACACAAACACACGCAUACACACACACAUAGACACACACACACACACACACACACACACAUGGAUAUAAAAACAACAAUUAAAAAAAACUAUAAAAAAAAAAAUAAAAAAAAUACAAAACCUAAAAAAAAAAAAAAUCUACAGAAAGCUGUUUACUUGAAAACGAACGGCAUUAUUUUACAAUGAUGAUCACAGUGCCUGCACUUUUUUUAUGGUGAGAAUUUCAAAUUAGCACAAGAGGGGAGCAAGCAUCUUGGAAUCAACACUACAUAAGCUCUAGAUCAGAAUCAAAAGAAGAGAACAAGACUGAGCUUAUUCAACGAAAGACUUCCUGCACAGUGUGAAGAAACACAAAUAUAUUUAUAUUAUGAGCACCAGAUGGGGUUGAAUGCCUUUUUUAAAGCAAAAAAACCCUCAAAGCGUUGCUGUUGUUGCACACCACAGAGCCGGCACACAUUGAAACUGUGUGGAUCAGUUACGAAUGGAACAUGAACAUGAACUUGUGAAAAGUCGCUGCAGAAUGUAUGCUCCUGUAAUGCACAAAAAAUACAGUUCCUGUUCGAAAUUAAAAACGUAUGUCAGGGUUUCUUUUUGUUUCCAUAUGUUGUAAGGAUCUUUGUGAUUCACUGGGAUGUCUUUAAAAAAAAAAAAAAAAAGAAGUGACCUGAGGUUUAGUGUUUUAUAUCAGUCUUGACUUUGUGACAAAAACAAAAACAAAGAAAAAUCUAUUUCAGUGGUUCUCAAACUUACUAAAACUGGGACUUCUCUUAAAGGGAUCCUCUGUGUAUUAUUGACAUGCAUCUCAAUAUAUUAAAGGGAUCCUCUGUGUAUUAUUGACAUGCAUCUCAAUAUAUUAAAGGGAUCCUCUGUGUAUUAUUGACAUGCAUCUCAAUAUAUUUAGUGCCGGGACGAUGAACACGGGUUUGUCAUGUUCCAGUAUUAUUUCAUAAUAUUGACAGAUACAGUUUUUGAAUUUGGUCGAAAAACAGAAGUAUUAUUUGUACCAAAUCACAGUAAAAAAAAUGACAAACAAAAACAAACGGUACCCCAUGAAAUUCUCUAUGAAAGAAAGCAGAGCAGCACUGUUCUGUGCAGCAGAGUGUGUGUUACUUAUUGCAGAUGUCAUGUAUGCAUUGGUUCCCUUUGCAUUCAUUAUAUAUGGUUGUUACAGCCGUAUGUAAAUUCUAUCUUGUUUAACUAAUACAAUACUUUGUGAUUUGUUCCACUGAAUACAUCUCAAAAUGUUUGCUCCAAUAUUACUUGUCCCAGCGCUGCAAUAUAUUAUGAUACAGUGGACCCUGUUCACAAAGCUUUAGCUCAGGUGAUUUUUAAAGAAUGUGGUUUUUUUUAUAUCUAACUGCACAGCUGUCUAACAUAUCUGUCAAAGUGGGCACUUUUUUAAUGAUGUACUAGAUAGUGACAGCACGAGCACAGCCAAACCCAGUCCUCUUCUAUCACAGAACAGAUUCCGCUGGGCUCCACGAGCACAGCCAAACCCAGACCUCUUCUAUCACAGAACUGAUUCCGCUGGGCUCCACGAGCACAGCCAAACCCAGUCCUCUUCUAUCACAGAACUGAUUCCGCUGGGCUCCACGAGCACAGCCAAACCCAGUCCUCUUCUAUCACAGAACAGAUUCCGCUGGGCUCCACGAGCACAGCCAAACCCAGUCCUCUUCUAUUUUAUUUUAUUUUAUUUUUUUAAUAAGAUGAACAAUUAAUCUCCACCUGUUGGGAUUUUUAUAUAGAGUUAAAGGAUGGCUAGCGGUAUUUUAGAUCUAAAACAGCCCUCUGUACCAGACCUGUGUUUGUUCAGCCCCCUCACACCCAGCGACCCUCUUUCAGAACCCCUGAUAUAUUUCAGAUUUUAUUGUUUUUUGUUUUUUAAUGCUCCAGUUGUGUAAUUGCACAGUAUUGGCUCAAUCAUGCUGCUGUUUCGUUGAAUUUAUCUAUCUAUCUAUCUAUCUAUCUAUCUAUCUAACUAUCUAUCUAUCUGUCUGUAAUCUUGGCUUUAAAAUAUAACAAUCUAGUUUUUUGCGAUGUAUUGAGAGUUUCUGUAAUAACGUGUUUACCUUUUAUUAUUUUUAUUUUCACUUGACACACGAAUACAGGAAAUAAAUAUAUAUAUACAGUAUAUAAAUAUUUUUGUUAAUAUAUUUUAAAUGUAUACGAAUGCCUAAAAUCAAAGUGUCCUAGGUGUUGGAUGUAAUUACAGUGCUUUUGUGUGCAGAACACUAAAUGAUCUUACUUUCCAGGCUGUUGAUUUGUAAAGAGAGAUAUUGAGCUGGUUUAUGUAUUUCUCAGUAACCAGUGCCAGUGCUAAUAUAGCCUUCUCACUGAAUUUCUCACAGCUGAAUGGUACUGUACUCGUCUUAGAGAGAGAAAAAAGAAACGUGAUGGUAUAUAAAUAAAUGGUUUUAUUUCUUUA